AUGGCCAAAUCCGACUUCGCGAAUGAUCAUAACUGCGGGAAGGGGGCCCAUCCACUUGUACGGUUUGCCCCCACCGGAGAUUCAAGGCGACCCAGGGACACCACAGCUGCCAGGCCUGCACCUCCUGUGCACUCUUCAACCGCGUCCAGCUGCACGGACACGGCCGAUGCUGUCUGCGGGCACUGCCUGCCGGGGCCCGGCAGGUUCUACAGCAAGACCCGGAUCUACAGCAAGACCCGGAUCGGAGGCUGGCAGGACCGGGAAUGUUUCCCCUGCGCUCCGCAGACGCCACCCUCGGAGAACCAGUGUCCCCUCCGGCUGGACGCGGGGCAGCGGCCCGGACCCUCGGCAUCGUGGCAGGAAGCCGUGCUGCUCAACCUGGUGAGCUGUGCCCUGGUGGCCAUUGCCCUGGUGCUGGUCACCCUGGCCUUCCUCUACCUCCGACGCUUCCUCAAGAGCCACUGCCAGCAGGUCCUGUGGGCCUGGGGCCCAGGAAGAUGUCAGUCUCCCUAUGAUGGCGGGCGGCAAGUCUGUCCUGGUGGGGGCUGUGUUAGCAGCCUCCCUACAGGCCCCCCCACCAUUUCCACUCCUCUCACAUCAAGCCCAGACUGGGAUGUCUCUCUAUGGUGAACGUGAAUUU